CCCAAAUAAAAUCUUCUAGCUCCGCCCCUGGAUUAAAUGAUAUUGUUUAAAAAAAAUCAAUUAAAUAUAGACUAUAAAUAUAUAUAGCGUAUUUUGAUAUGUAUUAGUGGUCGAUGGUGACUCGACUGAAACUUUAUCUCAUGAAUCUCAUUGAUUCGGUGAGAGAAGCGCUUCUCCCGGCGGUCACGGCGCAUGGAUCAGGCCGUCCUCAGGAGCGCUUCUCGGCAAAUAGCAGCCGUCUGCAGGGGGGGUGUUCCCGGUACAGUCCACGCCCCUGAGGCUCGGAGCUGGCUGCACGCUGAGGAUCCGGGAAGGCUGCUUGCUGACCGGAGACGAAGAGGACGCUCUCUCUCCACCACAGACCUUCACCGCAGGAGAGCGCGCGGCGCAGAUCCACGCGGUCACGCACGCAGGCACCAUGAUUCCUGUAAUGGAAUUCCGGCAGUUCUCUGAGCAGCAGCCCGCGUUCAGAGUCCUGAAGCCGUGGUGGGACGUCUUCACCGACUACCUGUCUGUAAUCAUGCUCAUGAUCGGCGUCUUUGGAUGCACCCUGCAGGUAAUGCAAGACAAAAUCAUUUGCCUUCCUCAGAGAACAUCAUCCCUCUCACAGAACAGCAGCGAAGUGGAGCUGAAGUCACUGUUACACAUGCAGCCCAACGCCUCAUCGGGACUUAGAGAAAUGUCAGGCCUAAAAACUCAUCUGGAUCUUCAGCAAUACAGUUUCAUCAAUCAGAUGUGUUACGAGAAGGCUCUGCAUUGGUAUGCCAAGUACUUUCCUUAUUUGGUUCUCAUUCACACGCUUGUUUUCAUGGUGUGCAGCAACUUCUGGUUCAAAUUUCCGGGGUCCAGCUCUAAAAUAGAGCAUUUCAUCUCAAUGCUUGGGAAAUGCUUUGAUUCUCCCUGGACCACACGAGCGCUGUCCGAGGUGUCCGGGGAAAAUCCAGAGGAGAAGGAGCAUAAGAAGAGUGGGACGUCUCGGUCCAGCAGUGUUGUGUCACCUGGGGAGCCCAUUCUAGAGAGGACACAGUCAUUACGGUCCAUCCCUGAGAAGAUAGUUGUUGACCAGCCAUCAGCAAGUGUCCUUGAUAAGAAAGAGGGAGAACAAGCAAAAGCUCUUUUUGAAAAAGUGAAGAAGUUUCGACUGCAUGUGGAAGAAGGGGACCUUCUCUAUCUUAUGUAUGUGCGGCAGACGGUUUUCAAGGUGGUCAAGUUCCUCGUGAUCAUUGCCUAUAACAGCUCUCUGGUCAAUAAAGUUCGGAACAGAGUACGCUGUGAAGUUGAGAUCCAAGACAUGACUGGCUAUAAGAAUUUUGAAUGUAAUCACACUAUGGCUCAUCUGUUCUCUAAGUUGUCUUACUGUUAUCUGUGUUUGGUGGCUGUCUAUGGACUAACAAGCCUGUACACGUCCUACUGGCUGUUUUACCGCUCAUUGAAGGAAUACUCCUUUGAGUAUGUCCGCCAGGAGACUGGCAUCAAUGACAUCCCAGACGUCAAAAAUGACUUUGCUUUCAUGCUGCACAUGAUAGACCAGUAUGACCCGCUGUACUCCAAACGGUUUGCAGUGUUUCUCUCUGAGGUCAGUGAGAACAAGCUGAAGCAGCUCAACCUUAACCACGAAUGGACUGCAGAGAAACUGCGCCAGAAGCUUCAAAUGAACGCCAACAACAGACUUGAGCUUCAGCUGUUCAUGCUCCCCGGUUUGCCCGACACCGUAUUUGAGCUAACCGAGCUGCAGUCCCUCCGGCUUGAGAUCAUCAACAACAUCACCAUACCCGCCUCGGUCUCUCAGCUGGAAGACCUCCAGGAACUGUCGCUUUACCAGUGCUCUCUGAAGUUACACACCACGGCCACCACCUUCCUCAAGGGGAACCUGAAAGUACUCCGUGUGAAAUUUGAUGACAACAGGGAACUUCCAAACUGGAUGUAUGGUCUGCGCAACUUAGAGGAGCUCUACCUCACAGGGUCCCUCAGCUCGGAUGCCUCCAGGAAUAUGGUUCUUGAGUCUCUGCGGGAGUUGAAGUCUCUAAAAACACUUUCCCUUCGGAGCAAUUUGACAAAGAUACCCCAAUCGAUAGUCGAUGUGUCGAGUCAUCUGCAGCGAUUGUAUUUACACAAUGACGGCACUAAGCUAGUGAUGCUCAACAACCUGAAAAAGAUGACCAAUCUGAUAGAUCUGGAGCUGGUGCAUUGUGAUCUGGAGCGCAUUCCACAUGCUAUCUUCAGCCUGACAAGUUUGCAGGAACUUGAUUUGAAAGAGAAUAACCUUCGCUCCAUAGAGGAAAUAGUCAGCUUCCAGCAUCUCCGGAAGCUCACUUGCCUCAAGCUGUGGCACAACAGCAUCAUGUACAUCCCAGAACACAUCAAAAAACUAGGCAGCCUGGAGCGUCUUUACUUCAGCCACAACAAGAUUGAGAUACUGCCCUCUCACUUGUUCUUGUGCAACAAACUGCGCUACCUGGAUCUCUCCAACAAUGACAUCCGGUUCAUCCCCCCAGAAAUCGGAGUCCUGCAGAGCCUGCAGUACUUCUCUGUCACUUGUAACAAAAUUGAAAAUCUACCAGACGAACUCUUCUUCUGCAAAAAACUCAAAACAUUAAAGCUGGGCAAAAACUCCCUGUCUGUAUUGUCUCCAAAAAUUUCCUACUUAGCUCUGCUGACCUACCUGGAACUCAGAGGGAACCACUUUGAGAUGCUGCCGCAGGAGCUCGGUAGCUGUUCUGCUCUGAAGCGUAGUGGCCUUAUUGUGGAAGAAAUGCUGUUUGAAACUCUGCCUUCAGAUGUCAGGGACCAAAUGAAGGUAGAGUGAGAUGCCUUCCUGUCGCCACAGUGCCUGUGUUUCUUUGUUUCAUCAGUAGUUUUUUUUUUUUUUUAGAAAGUCAGGAUAACAUCCUCGUUUAACGCAGCUUUUGUUUGUAAUUAUUCUUAAAAAGGAACACAUGUCUGUAUUGUUUUACUUUGUUUGACAGCGGAAAGCAUUGUUUAGCUAGCUACAAAUCCAGCCUGAUGCUAUAGUUCAGCAUUUUGGACUGCUUGAAUUUUUGUUGUAAAUUUCAGGAAAAUUCAAAAAGAUCUAGAGAUUCACAAUCAUAUUAGAGCAAUAUUAGUAUCAGCAAAGAUUUACAUCUUGUUGUGUUUUUUGACUGAUAUGAACAUUUCUACAAAUGCAGGUUUGGAUUGCCUUAAAACUACAGAUACUGUCAACACAUGUGUGCUUCUGCAGCAAACUUCAGAUUGGCUGUGUUUUUAAAGGGUGACCAAAGUAGGGAAGUUGGAGGCUGACUCCGCCCACAGCCGAAAUUUGAUAACAGGACUGUUAUCAUGACUGAAGUUACAGAUCAUGACAUUGGACCAUAGAUCGUUAUUAAGAACUGGACAUAGCAAACGUUGAGGUCUCCCAUAGGAAAUGCAUUACCUCACGAAAUCAGGCCAGAGUUCUCACUGUCACUUCCUGAUACGUCCACCGCCAUAUUGCAAACGAUUGCAACCUUUCGACAGCGAUUAUUCUGAGUCGUUCUGAGUCACGUUUUUAGAGGAAGUACUGUCAACCAAUCAUCAGGGAACUUGUUCCGGCUUGGUUUAAGUCUACACCCCUCCAGCGGAAAGCGACUCGAAGGAAUCUGUCAAUCACAUGUUUGAGGCGGGGCCAGUGGAAGCCACAUGCUUUUACUGAGCCAUCUGAUUGGUCAGUUUUUAACUUGAAUAAUUGGCAAUAAAGUAAAAAAAAUAAUAAAAAAAAUUAGGAUUAGAAAGAAUGUGUUAAGAAGGAAGCAUCAGUGCAAGAAUGGUUAUUCUGACAAUUAAAAUGACUGAUAAACAACCGUCUGUUUCUCAAUGGAUGUCAAUGCAACCCGCAGUUACUUCCUAUUUGGAACUCGGAAGAGGGGGGGGGGCGUGCUAAAUCCAUUGAUGUCAAUGCGUGGGACUUAAAUGGUUUGACCAAUCAUGAAAUUCAACUGUAAUACCUCGUUUCAACCUGUAAGGAGCAGCACGCAGAGGGUUUUUGACUAUAUUUUCAAGAAUUAAACAAGUUUGUUUUAAUUUGACAAAAAUGCGGCAGUGACCAACAGACAGCACUUUGAAAUCCCCAUUUAUAAAGAGUCAACAGUCAAAAAAAGUUUAAUUUUGGGUUUAGUUAUUCUUUAAGGUCAAUUGAAAUCUCACAGAUGAAAAGAUUUAUUUUUUGAGUUCUUGUACGGAAACACUUUGGUGAACUGAGUAUAAACUGAUUAAUACUAAAACAAAUGUUGUUGACAGAGAAAUACAAGUAUCUUGCUGUUAUCCUACAUAACUGAAAACCAUGUUUUUUUUUUUUGGUUUUACAUCAAGACAUCAGAUGACAUUUCAACAUAAAUCCACAAUCCUUCAUCCCUGCUGAAAUCCUUAUCUGCACACUAAAUAAAGUCAGACUUGAGCUUCUCACACUGUCAUUUUUAAACUUUUGGUGUAUUUCUCUUGAUGUAAAAUGUCUACUGAUCAUAUUCUUCCAUUAAAAAAGCUACAUAUCUGGAGCCCUCCGUGUAAAUUCUGCCUUAUUCUGUCAAUUCUGCUUUAAAGGAGGGCUUUCAAAUAUGUUAUUUAUGUAUCAUCUUUAUGUUUUAUUCAAUAGAGUGUUAAGGAAAACCAAAGGGCAUAUCUUAUACAAUAGAAUGUAAAAACUUGGUUAAAACUGUACUGCAUUUCAAAGUGCAUUAAACUUAAAUAACGUUGCCAUAA